AUGUCUCAGCUGUACUUGCGCCGGGUGGUGGCUCUGUGGUUUGGCGCGAUUUUCGCGCUUGUCGGCGUACCUCUGUGGUACAAGAUGACCACAAUAUACAGGGCGCCUUUGCCUGGAACGUAUAUCAGUUCCCUGCGCGAAAAUGUGCAUUCAGACGUCCAUUUGGUAUUGCCAGUGUAUGUGCGAUCAGAUACAUACAGGUUUCCGGACGUUCACGAGGCCAUUCAGUUGCAGGCAGACGCAUUGUUGCAAUCCAGACCACACGCUGUCAAUUGGUCUUUGCAGGUUUUGCAGGCCGAAAAAAAUCAGAUUUUGAACCCGGAGUCUGACUACGUGCUAACAUUGGUACUGGACGACUUCACGGGUUACUCUAUCGCGUACGAUUCGAAGGAAACGAUUGUAUACUUCGACGACGCCGCCGUCGUGUCGAACGAUAUUCCGUUCUUUGCGGCUCAAACCCUCAUUGAACACACGUUUGGCACAGAAUGGACACAUUUGAGUCGCGAUUCUUCAGACGAUUCAAACAGGAAAAGUAACCAAGCGUAUGAAAAGUCUUCCGAGAUGGCCAUUUCUUACUCACCUACAGUACAUUUGUCGCUGUCACUUCUCACGGGAGACGGUCGUCCCGUCGCAUGGAAUAUAGAGUCGACACUAGACCAGUAUUUCACACCACUCCGCCGGUUUUUAUCCCCAUUGGUAAAUUUCACAGUGGAUACUAGCAUAUCGCAUUUCAAUGACCUUAAUCUAGGGUCGCUUCAUGACAUUGAAGAUCCUUCGUGGCAAGACCUAGCACAUUCUAUUGACCUCUCCGAACUAUCAUCACUCAAUCAUUACCGCGAAAAAAAUGCGAUUAAUCUGGUCAUAGUCUUUCCCAGCCCGGAGUCAGGUCAGCUGGCGUUUGUCAAUGCCACAAACGAUAGGCCGUGGCAAAGUUUCAUGGUUCCUCAAUGGGGCGCUCUUGUUGUCAAUAAAGAAGCAUUGCCAGACAAUUCUAGGCUAACUCAAGAGUAUCUGGCGCCGGUCAUUUACAGCUUUGCAUGCGAGUUAUUUCAAUUUUUGGGCCUAUCUAACGAAAAGGCCGACCUUUCCACACCAUACACCACGAUAGACUCAUUCAAAAGGAUCACAACUUUGAAGAAUUUGGAACAUGGAAUUGAAACUUUGUGGUCACUAGUUAAACUCACUGAUCAGUUCCCACAAAUGGCGGUUCCCAGACAGGUCCUCGCAGAUGUCGAGCGAGCAAUGGAUUUGAGGCUACAAGCCGUUGAACUGCUCAAUGACCCUAAGAGGGGUGGCGAAGCAACGUGGAACGAAGCUUUGCAUUUGAGUAACGACUUUGUCGAGGUGUGUGAAAGAGCAUUUUUCCACAAAGAAAUGGUUCAACAAAACUUCUUCCCUCAGGAACACAAAAUAGCUGUUUAUUUACUGUUCCUUGGCCCAAUAUUUGUCAUUAUUUUGACAGGGCUCAUCAAAACACUUCGGGAGAAAGAUGAAGUGCGACAAGAGCAGUUGGAAAUCCCAGAUUCAAAGGCUAACGAAAAAUCACAGGUUGAUGACCAAUAA